CCCACAAAUGAAGGAAAGACAAGAGGUUUGUAUGACCCUUCUUACAGAAGAUGACAUGAUGCAAAGGAACUCUAACAACAGUAACAUCUCCAGUAACUCACCGCCACAUCAAGCUUGUGCUUCAUGCAAACACCAACGAAAGAAAUGCAACAACGAAUGCAUCUUAUCACCUUAUUUCCCCGCUCGUAAGAACAAGGAGUUUCAGGCAGUUCACAAAGUGUUUGGUGUAAGUAACGUACAGAAAAUGGUACGGAUCGUACGUGAAGAGGAUCGCACCAAGCUGUCUGAAUCAUUGACAUGGGAAGCUCUAUGGAGACAGAAAGAUCCGGUCCUUGGCUCUUACGGAGAGUAUAGGAGGCUAAGUGAAGAGCUCAAGCUGUACAAAAGCGUAGUUCAUAACCAACCGCUCGUUACUUGGAAUAGUAGUAAUAAUCAACAACGUGUAUUCAACAAUAGCAAUAACAACAAGAACGGAUUAGCGGUAAACUCGAGUGACUCUGGUGGGUUUAGUGUCGUUAAUAACAAUGGUGUUGGUGUGAAUCGAGAGAUUAUAAACGGUGGAUAUACAUCAAGGAAUCUGCAAGGAGGCUGGGGAAAUUUAAAGCAAGAUCAACGGCAACAAUAUUAUGCAGUGAUUAAUGGGUUUAAACAACAUCAUCCCCCACACUAAUUCUGGCUUACAUUUUAUAAGUUCUAAUGGAUACGAAUCCUGUCAGUAGAUAAUUAAGCGCUUAAUAUUUACAAAUUGUUGAGUUGUUUUUUCUUCUUUUUUAAUUUUAUUGCAAUUCGUGGUGUAUUUAUAUGUAAACUAGUAAUUGGUGCGUAUA